AUGCAUUUCUCUUCAGUUCCCAUCGCCAUCACCUGCUUUACCAGGGGCCUGGAUAUCCGAAAAGAGAAAGCAGAUGUUCUCUGCCCAGGAGGCUGCUCUCUUGAGGAUUUCUCUGUGUUUGGGAACAUAGUGUAUGCUUCAGUAUCCAGCAUAUGUGGGGCUGCUGUCCACAGGGGAGUGAUUGACCCCUCAGGGGGACCUGUGCGUGUCUAUAGCCUUCCUGGUCGAGAGAACUAUUCCUCAAUAGAUGCCAAUGGCAUCCAGUCUCAGACACUCUCCAGAUGGCCUGCUUCCUUCGCGGUGACCAAAGGCAAAAGCAGUGCCCAGGAAGCCACCGGACGGGCAGUGUCCACAGCCCACCCACCUGCAGGUAAACGACUAAAGAAAACACCAGAGAAGAAGACUGGCAAUAAAGACUGUAAGGCAGACAUUGCCUUUCUGAUCGAUGGAAGCUUUAAUAUAGGGCAGCGACGAUUUAAUUUACAGAAGAAUUUUGUUGGGAAAGUGGCACUAAUGCUGGGAAUUGGAACAGAAGGACCACACGUAGGCCUCGUGCAAGCCAGUGAACAUCCUAAAAUAGAAUUUUACUUGAAAAACUUUACUUCAGCCAAAGAUGUCUUGUUUGCCAUAAAAGAAGUAGGUUUCCGAGGGGGGAACUCCAACACAGGAAAAGCCUUGAAGCACACUGCUCAGAAAUUUUUUACAGCAGACACAGGUGUGAGAAAAGGAAUACCAAAAGUGGUGGUGGUGUUUAUUGAUGGCUGGCCUUCUGAUGACAUUGAGGAGGCAGGCAUUGUGGCCAGAGAGUUUGGUGUCAAUGUAUUUAUAGUUUCUGUGGCCAAGCCCAUCCCUGAAGAACUGGGGAUGGUUCAGGAUGUUGCAUUUGUUGACAAGGCUGUGUGUCGAAAUAAUGGCUUCUUCUCCUAUCACAUGCCCAACUGGUUUGGCACCACAAAAUAUGUAAAGCCUCUGGUACAGAAGCUCUGCACUCAUGAGCAGAUGAUGUGCAGCAAGACCUGUUACAACUCAGUGAAUAUCGCCUUCCUAAUUGAUGGCUCCAGCAGUGUUGGAGAUAGCAAUUUCCGUCUCAUGCUGGAAUUUGUUUCUAACAUAGCCAAGACAUUUGAAAUCUCAGACAUUGGCGCCAAGAUAGCUGCCGUUCAGUUCACCUACGAUCAGCGCACAGAAUUCAGUUUCACUGACUAUAACACCAAAGAGAAUGUCCUAGCUGUCCUAGGGAACAUACGCUACAUGAGUGGUGGGACAGCUACUGGUGAUGCCAUUUCCUUUACUGUUAGAAAUGUAUUUGGUCCCAUAAGGGACAGCCCCAACAAAAACUUCCUGGUAAUUGUCACAGAUGGGCAGUCCUAUGAUGAUGUCCGAGGCCCUGCUGCAGCUGCCCAUGAUGCGGGUAUCACCAUCUUCUCCGUUGGUGUGGCCUGGGCACCUCUGGACGACCUGAAAGACAUGGCCUCUAAACCCAAGGAGUCACACGCUUUCUUUACCAGAGAGUUCACAGGAUUAGAGCCAAUUGUCUCUGAUAUCAUUAGAGGCAUUUGUAGAGAUUUCUUAGAAUCCCAGCAAUAACUGUGAUAUUCUGAUAACU